AUGUCGGUAACGCCAAUUGAAGAGCUGCCCUCCCUGGGCGACGCGCUGGAGGACGCAAAGCGCGCAGCGUCGUACCGCGCCGUGGACGAGAAUCUAGACCCCGCGAAACACCGCGUGGUCGGGAUAGGCAGCGGAUCGACAGUGGUCUACGUGGCGGAACGCAUAGGAAAAUACCAGGCGUCACCUGAGCUGAAGGCGAAGGUGGAGUUUAUCUGCAUUCCCACGGGGUUCCAAUCCCGCCAGUUGAUCCUCGACAACGGCCUGCGUCUGGGCAGCAUCGAGCAGUACCCAGAGGUGGACAUUGCGUUCGACGGUGCGGACGAGGUGGACCCCGAGCUGAACCUGAUCAAGGGCGGCGGUGCCUGUCUGUUCCAGGAAAAGCUCGUGAGCACGAGCAGCGCUCAAUUCAUCGUGGUCGCGGACUCCCGUAAGCGCUCGCCGCAACGACUGGGCACAAGCUGGACGCGUGGCGUGCCCGUCGAGGUGGUGCCCAGCGCGUACGUGCGCGUACUGCGCGACCUGCACGGCAUCCCCGGCUGCCGCAGCGCGCAGCUGCGGCUCGGGGAACCGGGCAAGGCGGGCCCGGUCGUCACCGACAACAACAACCUGCUCAUCGACGCCGAUUUCGGCCCGCUCGAAGACCCCGCCGCGCUGCACGCCCGGAUCAAGGCCCUCGUCGGCGUCGUCGAGACCGGCAUCUUCGCCGGUAACGCUGCCAAGGCGUACUUCGGCAGCGCCGACGGCUCUACUCAGACCCUCGCACGCUAG